AGUUACUUCCCGAGAUCUUGUCAUUUUUGCUAGAGUCACUCACGGCAUUAAGGAAAAGGCUCUUCUUUCUGUAAAACCCCUCUUUUAGCAAAUCUGGAAAGAGAUGGUUCCCUCCACUAGUAUUUAGAAACCCUGGCAAAACCUUGACAUUAGUGAAGCCAAUUAAUUAUUAACUGGAAUGAAUGGCCUGCUUUAAUGGAGUGUGGGCUGAGACUCUGCUUCACAACACUCUGCUGUCAGCCAAGCACAGAGAGGAAGCCACAGGCUUUUAAAGAGGCUUCGGAUGAAGUGAGGAUGGUGCAUGGUUCACUGUACAAAUCUUCCGAGAUCAGAUUUCUUCAUUUAAGUCAAGAGAUGAGUCUGCUGGAAAAGAGUUUUCCCCAUUUGUCCACGAGAAACCACUUAGAAUCACUUAGACAGUGGCAGCGAUGUUACUGCAGUGAGCUAAACUGCCCAAUCUGCCUCCAGGCUACUACUUGCCCCGUAGAAACCAACUGUGGGCAUUUAUUUUGUGGUUCCUGUCUUAUUGAAUACUGGAAACAUGGACCUUGGCUAGAAGCAAUCUGCUGCCCACUCUGCAGACAGAAAGUCAUUCUUUUGUACAACAUGCCUUGUGAAAAUGAGCCCGACAAGCCAAGCAAACAAAUUAUGUAUGACAUCAGAGAUUACAACAAACGCUUCUCAGGACAGCCUCGGCCUUUCACAGAUUAUCUUUAUGACAUGCCGCUCCUCGUCAACCUGGCCGUACGGGGAAUCUUCACGCUGGGCGGCUUGGUGUGGAUCUUCUUCCUCAGAGUUGUCAUCUGUUGUUUUGGAACCUUCAUGUGCUUGACUUCUUCGUUGGAUCUGAUGCCAGAACCUCUUUGUGGAAUUCUGGGUGUGUUUGAUGACCUAGCUGUUGUUUUCCUACUUUUAAUCUGCAUGAUAAACAUUUGCUCUCAGAUGGAGUCAGAAGGGGCAAACAUGAGGAGCUCUACAAUGCAAAACAUUUUGUUGGAAUCGUAAAGGGCUGAAGUGCCGGCUAUUCAUAAUGGGGAAACCAACCAGACAACGGUGGAUUUUCCUAAUCUCUGGAAGCGACACAGAAUGGCCUUAGCUUUGAAGAAUGCUAAGGGUUGGUGUGCAGCGCUGAAGUUGAUGGAAGAGCAACAGUUGGGUGGAGGCUGUAAUGUUAAUCAUAGAUUAACACCCAACAAUGUCCACAAGCCUCCAGAAGUGCACUGCUGCCAUUCUAAAAUGACAAUUUUGCAUUUGUGGUACUUAAGACUGACUCUUGGAAGGCACAACAGCCAAGAUCUUAUCCAACUGUUCCACAGCUCAACAGCUCAGAUAUGGCUAGAAAACAUUAAUUACAUAUAAACAUGAAAAUACUGUACCGCAACUCUGAUUAAUGUGGCACUCUCAAAACGACAAAUGAUUCUUUGCACAUCAUUAAAGGACUAUAGAGAGAAAAAGAGGAACAGGCAGACUAGUGUGUGUUUGGCGCAGACAGGGGGGAAACGUCUGCUAGAAGGUCCAGUACAGACCUCCAGAUUCAGCAGCUUACUGAUCUAAGAUAAUCAUUUGCCAUGUGCAGUAUUACAGAUACAUGUAUAGGGAUAAUGGUUUGGAUAUGCUUGC